UGUAUAUUCAUGGAUGUGUAUUUCAGUGUGUCUUAGUGUUUAUUUGUCUCUCUCUAUUUCGACCAGAAAUGCUGGUGUCCAACAGUUAAUACCCAUCCACCAUAUGGAAGCCCAUGCACUGACUGCCCGGAUGAUUGACAGGAUAGACUUUCCUUUUCUGGUGCUACUGGUCAGUGGAGGUCAUUGCUUGCUAGCUGUGGCCAGAGACAUUGAUGACUUUUUACUGUUAGGCUCAUCACUGGACUCUGCUCCUGGCGAAGCUUAUGACAAGACGGCUCGAGAGUUGAAUCUAUACAAGCUGCCACAGUUUCAAGGCAUGUCCGGGGGUCAGGCCAUUGAACUGAUAGCAGAAAACGGAGAUCCGACAGCAUUCCCGCUCAUACAUGUCAUGUCCAACCGUGCCAGCUGCAACUUCUCCUUCAGUGGUGUGAAAAUAUCUGCCAGAAGACAGAUUUUGGAAGAAUAUAAAAGAUUAGGACUUCCGGAGGACGCUGUUUUACCAAACUUGGCUGACAUCUGUGCUUGGUUCCAGUACAAUGUGGUCUACCAUCUGGGCCGACGCUUGCAGCGGGCUUUUGUAUUUGCAGAAAAUCAGGAGCUCAUAGGAGACAGCAAGACUCUGGUUGUGUCCGGGGGUGUGGCCAGUAAUGCCUACAUUCGAUCUAACCUCCAGCAUAUAUGUGCCAGUUAUGACUACAGGCUAGUAUGCCCUCCCCAAAAACUCUGCACAGACAAUGGAAUUAUGAUUGCUUGGAAUGGAAUGGAGAAAAUUCUGAGCGGGAGAAAUUAUUUUCAGAAUGCGGACUCACUUGAUGUACAAGCACGGGCACCACUUGGAGUUGAUAUUUCCAAAGAUGUGUCCAACUGUUCCAUAAAACCUCCAAAACUGAGGCUGCUUGGACAUUAA